AUGCAGCGUGGAAUAAAACGGGCAUGGCCGACUUCAGGCCUGCAGGACUGGCUGGAGGGUCCAGAGUUGGAGGAGUACCCGACAUCAAUCAAGCUGGUGAGCCGUCUCUCAUCGCCGCACUACAAGGAGUUUCUGGCAGAAGCUGCCGAGGCAUGGUUGGUUGCAUACGACAUCCAGUGGACGCCUGAUUUCGAUGAGGGUGCCGAUCAUCCAGUGGCGCUCCUGCAGCUCGCGUUCCCGAUCUCCGGCAAUACGUACGUCUUACAGCUUCCUCUUCUUGGGACUUUCCCAAGCAGGGCCAAGAGGCUUUUUGAGAGCCCGGAUGUGCUGGCAGUAGGCUUCGCAGCGAAUGCCAUGGACAAGCACAAGCUGGAGAUCUCCGGAGUUCAGGUUGAUGAAACCACCCUAAUCGAUGUACAGCCUUGGUGUGAAGCUGAGAUGGGCGAGAACGCCAGCGUCCGUCAGGGCUGGAGAGUGGGCCUAAAGCGAGCGGCAUCCUGCGUUUUAGAUUUCGACAUGGACAAGAGCAGCACUGUGGCGUCGUCAAAUUGGAAUCGCCAAGAGCUGACGCCUGCUCAGGUUGAGUAUGCUGCCAUGGAUGUGUGGGUGGCUCUUCGGCUGUACCACCAGCUUGCUCUGGUUUAUGGAGAUGAAGGCUUCUAG